AUGGCGUCUUCCUUUUUGGUUCCCUUUACGCUGCACGUUAAGCGAUCGGAACCAUGCGAAUUACUUCAAGACGAGCUUGGGCCCCUACUGUCAUUACUCCGUGGGGAAGGGGAUCUCUUGCCCAGAACAAACCCAGCUGCAGUGCGAACCGCGCCUGGUGCUAACACACUGCAGCAUUUGUUGGAUAAUGUUGCCGUACCGCCUGUCAACUUGGAAGUGGAACGCGCUAAUGAUGGUAUUAUCGACUUUAUUGCUAGUGCUAGACGUUCUGCGCGCUUUGAGCAGAGUUACGUUAGUCUUAUCUUUCAAGAGUACUGUAGACGCAAAAACAUUGAAAAAGAACGAGAGGAGGUGCUAGACGAAUGUAGGAGGUCACGGCAGGAACUGGUGGACGCCGAACUCCCGCCAGACGUUCGCGCGUCGUUGGCCGCGUUGGAGGGCGAAGAGUCCAAAGGGCGUGAGGCGGUGAUGGCGGCGUACAAAGCCUUUUUGGACUGGGUGGAUGCGACCACGCCAGAGUGGCUGGAGGCUGUGCUUUGCCGGGAAAGGGGGAGGCAGGCGAAGGCGGCUGCCAUCGAUGCGGCGAAGCGUGCCUUGGAGGAUGAACUUGAGCAGCGGGACAGUGGAGCGACAACGGGUACAGAGGGCCUUGCCACAGAUGAAUCCUUGCGGCAACGAGCAAUUGCCAUGAUCGAACAGGAGCAGGAGCGUCGCUUACAGGCGCAGGAGGAUCAGGUAAAUAUGCUACGCAAUCAGGAGGACCAGUUGCGACGCCAAAUUGAAGAGAACAGGCGGCGCCGUGAGGUGGAGAAGGAAAAGCAACGCAAGGACGAGCUUGAAUACAGGUACAGAGGGCUGGUGGAGCAGGAGAGCUCCUUGCAACAGCGCUUGUCGCAGUAUGGACAGGCGCGGACAAGGCGCGAGGAAGAGCGUCGUAUGCUGCUGGAACAUAUUGAGGCUGAAGAACAGUUACUCCGCCGACGCCUGGAAGAGAGGGAGGUGCAGCGGAAAAAGGCUGAGGAGGAAAAGCAAAAAAUGGAGCGUGAACACCGUGAUGAGCUUUACGAACACGUGGAGGCGGAAGAAGAGUUGCUUCGGCAGCGACUUCAGCGUUAUGAAGAGGCGCGGGCGGUGGAGGCGGAAAAGGCGAAGCGGCGGGCAGAAGAAGAGCGGGAUGAGCUGUACGAACACGUGCGUGCGGAGGAGGAAAUCUUGCAACGGCGGCUUGAGCAGCGGCGGAAAGAGGAGGCGGCGGAGAAGGUGAGGCGUGAGGAGGAGGAGCAGGAUCGCCAAAGAGAUGCGCUGCUCAAGGCACUGGCGGUGGAGACCUCCGCAUUGGAGGAGCGAAUGCGUCACCGAGAGGCAGAGGCCCAUCGAUUGCAACGGCUGGAAUAUGAAAAAAGGGAGGAGGAGCUACGCUUGCUGGUCGAAAUGGAGGCAAAGCAGAGCCGCCGUAUGGAGGAGCACGAGAAACAGCCGCAGACAUCACCUCAAUGGCAUCAGUAUCACCAUUACCAUCACCCUCCGCAACACCAUCAGUGUCAGCAUCCGCCACAGCCGCCGAGCCAACCUGCUUCUUCUAAUAGCCACACCUACCACGAUCCAACGUUGUUGGGCCCUCCUCUACAGCCGCCAUCGCACAGUAGUGAUUCUACAGCUGCUGCAGGCUCUCCAGCUGCGUACCCGUGGGGGGUCAACGCGGUUCCACCUUCUUACUUGCAUCACACGCAUUCUUACCCACACCCCCAGCAACUGCAGCCGCAGCCGCCAACACCACCACACUACAUGCCGUUUUCAUUUCAGCGGUGA